AAGCACAUUAUCAGUACCGGUCCUCCAGAGACAUGCGGGACUUUUCAACUCGUUAGUGCCAAAGUAAAUAACAAGCGGAGUGGAUAAACGGAGGCCCCCAGGAGCGUCUGGAUUAUAUUUCACAGAACUUGGUCCAAGGCGGUCCGCGGAUGAGCAACAGCAGAUGAUGUUGAAGAGGUCCAAUCCCCAAAUGAAAGAGGAGUGACCACUUCAUCCUCCUCCUGUUGCACUUCAAACCUGAGGCGUCACUCCUGCCGCCUCGAUUUGCCACCAUUUCCUCCCUUAGUUGGUCCCCCCAAGCGUUUCAAAACUGUUUCUCCAACGCUUUUUCCAGAAACUCAGACUGUUUUCUAAAGCAGAAGCAGCACAGCCCUCCCAGAUUGAGGUGAUGGGAAGUGUGCGAGCCAGCCGCUACAGCACCGUGUCAUCAGAAGAGGACAGCAUGAAGCUCGCCGCCACGGGGGUACCAAACGGCUACGGCAACGGCAAGACUAAGGUGCAAACGAGGCACCAGCCGCAGAGCCGUUUCGUGAAGAAGGACGGUCACUGCAAUGUGCAGUUCAUCAACGUGAGCGAGAAAGGUCAGCGCUACCUGGCCGACAUUUUCACUACAUGUGUGGACAUCCGCUGGAGGUGGAUGUUCCUCAUCUUCUGUCUCGCCUUCCUCCUGUCAUGGUUGUUCUUUGGCUGCAUCUUCUGGCUGUUGGCCAUCUUUCACGGGGACUUGGAAAGUGGUACCAAGAUGUGCAUCUCCAACGUGAGCAGCUUCACGGCUGCCUUCCUGUUCUCCAUUGAGACUCAGACUACCAUUGGCUAUGGCUACAGAUACGUGACAGAGGAAUGCCCCGUCGCCGUCUUCAUGGUGGUUUUCCAAAGCAUCGUCGGCUGCAUCAUUGACGCCUUUAUCAUUGGCGCGGUCAUGGCCAAAAUGGCAAAACCCAAAAAGAGAAACGAAACUCUGGUGUUUAGCCAUAACGCCGCAGUGGCCAUGAGGGACAACAAGCUCUGUCUGAUGUGGCGCGUGGGCAACUUGCGGAAGAGCCACCUGGUUGAGGCACAUGUUCGAGCUCAGCUUCUGAAAUCCAGAACAACAGCGGAGGGCGAGUAUAUCCCUCUUGACCAAAUGGACAUAGAUGUGGGCUUUGACAGUGGAGUUGACCGAAUCUUUCUGGUCACCCCGAUCACCAUCGUCCAUGAGAUCAAUGAGGACAGCCCCUUUUACAACAUGAGCAAGCGAGAUAUUGAGAACUCAGACUUUGAAAUCGUGGUGAUCCUCGAGGGCAUGGUGGAGGCAACAGCCAUGACCACGCAGUGCCGCAGUUCCUACAUCGCCAGUGAGAUCCUUUGGGGCCACCGCUUCGAGCCUGUGCUCUUCGAGGAGAAGAACUACUACAAAGUGGACUACUCUCGCUUCCACAAGACGUACGAAGUGCUAAACACUCCCCUAUGCAGCGCCAGAGAUCUGGCGGAGAAGAAAUACAUCCUGUCUAACACCAAUACUUUCUGCUAUGAAAAUGAGAUGGCACUGGAAAAAAAGGAGGACACGGACGAGGGGAAUGGGGGCAGCGUUGGUCCCGACGGCACCCAGAUGGACAGCAUCUCAGAGACUGAACACAGCCAAGCCGUGGUGCCGCUGGAGCCACGCCCUCUGAGGCGAGAAUCAGAAAUAUGACGACUCAGACUUCACAUGAGCGAUUUAAAAGGAAGAAAAAAAAAUCCCCUAUCUACUCCGAAGGCUCGAGAAGCCAUGCCAGGAACGAGGGGAAGCCAAGCGGUACUGCUGUGGGAAGCCGUAAAAGGUUCAGGGCUCUAUGUAAGGGUCUGUCUUAAGUUUGACUACAGACAGUAUGACGAAACAAAGCACUAUGAAGCAUGUGGUCAAUGCUGAACUAAUUCUCCUCCAAGAACUCACCACUAACGUGCGCUCAGUCUCUGCGAAGAGGAAGCAGGUUGUUGUAAUGACCUCAGAAGUAAAGAAACGUACCCGGUGUGUCCUGUUUAGCACGAAAAAAGGCGCUUUUCUGAGUUUUCUUUUGAUUUUUUUUUUUAGUGCUGCUACCGAAUAGAGAAGUUACACACAUCUCUUUCAUUUUGACACUUUUACCUAGAACCAAAGAGUAAAGAAAGUCGGAACAAAGAAGGUACAAAGCAGAGUAUUUGUUCAUGAGCUGGUCUCAGAGCAAGGAGAUGUCACAGAUCACCGUCUCUAUAUGCAAUAAUAAAAAUAAAAAAAUGACACGAUAUGACAUGACUUUGCUGAUUCCCUGAGCUUUGUUUUACAGCAGCUGGUCAUAACAUCUGCUAGUAGCUGCUCAGACCAACUGAAACCUCUGAGCAGAGCUGUGUUAUUCACUCCAAACUGACAAGAAAUCAUUAAUUUAAAGAGAAUUAAAGUGUUUAAUUAUGUGGGGGUGUGAAUGUUCGAAAAGAAGUGCUGCUAUGAUGUUGCUUCUGUUGUUUUCUUCUUUGCAAUUUGUUACAGACAAAUGCCAAAGAGUAUUAUCAUAGUUAUUUUUUCCUUAAACCAACACCUGAUUAGAUUUGGUACAGAGUAUAAUAUUUUAGGGAGUUUUAAUACUAUUUGUUUUUAAAGAAUGUGUGUACAGUUUCUUUUAUUAUUUUUCUUUUUUUUUUUCGUUACAGUGAUCAUCCUUAACUUGAGCCACUUCAUCAAGCCUUAAUCUGAGCGGUCAGAAUGAGGAAAUUAUUUUCUUUUUUUUAAUUUAGUUUCCAGAACUAAAAUAAUGUUUUUUUU